AUCGACACGCAUGUGGAUCAACAAUUAUUAUCGGUCAACGAGAAAACAUAACAUUUUCCAGGCUGUGGGCAACUUUUGGCUUACCAUCAAGACGGAAUAUUGGACAUUCAAAUAAAUGAGUAUCAGCUGGCUUGGAAGCGAUUGCCUCCAUUUGUCUUCUUGAUUCCACCUUGACUAACAUCCGAGUGUUCUUAUAUUUGUUGUAACAUUGGAACAUUAACAUACGGGAGUACCCAAACUCCAAGGCAUCUUUACACUUUCACUCCUUUCAAAAUGGACAACCAGGACAAGGACAGUGUGCUGGAGGAGAAUCAGUCGCAGGCGAUGGGGGGGGAAGCCAUCAGCGAGACGGACUCCACACUCAUCCGCAAAAUCGAGUCCGAGCACUUCUCGAAGUUCACCCUGGCCAACUUGGUGUCGCUGCCCUCGACCCUGUCCGCUCCGACGACCCGCUCGGUGGCGCAGGCCCAGCUGAACGCCACCUCGCCCAUGGGCAAGUACACGGAGCGCAUGGUGGAGGACAUCCUGAACGAGAUCUUCGUGGAGCGGCGCGGUGACUUCCCGGAGACCUCCUCCUCCUGCCACCUGGCCGAGAUGCCGUGGCCACGCGAGGAGCCGGAGCGGGAGCCGCACGUGGACAAGCGCCUGCGCUACUGGAAGGAGGUGCUGCACCAGCGCAAGGAGCUGCAGAGGCGCGUCCAGCGGGAGACGGGCAAGCUGGCCAGCGAGGUGCUCUUCAACCGCCGCUCCACGCUGGACAACCGCGACGGGCAGACGGUGAAGCGGCUGCUGGACUUCGCGGACCGCAUGGAGUGCGAGCGUCUGAUGACCGCUCCGGUGGCCAAGCUUCCCGACCUAUGCGAUCCGUGCUCCUGCCAACCCAUGCCCGGACUGGAGGCCACGGCCCCGCGGGCCGAGAGGCUGGGCUACAAGGACGUGGAGAUCGUGGGGCUGCCCGAGAUCAGCAAGCGGGAGCUGCUGGGCAGGGAGGCCCUGCAGCAGAAGCCCCCGCCGGGUUGGCUGCAGUCUCCAUUCCUGGACGAGCGGCUGGAGCAGCGCUUCGGGGCCAUACAGAACGUGGUCGAGUUCUUCCCCGACGUGGCUAACCUGCAGGUGAAGGGCACGGCCAUCGCCAAGCUGGAGCGACCCCCAACGACGAGCCUGGUGAGGGUGGACUCCCUGCACACGGUGACCAACAGUGACAGUCCGUCCGUCUGCUCCGAGGAGUGCGUCUGCGAGUCCUUGGGCGCCACGGAGGAACAUUCCACGGGAAUGGCGCCGGAAGUGCCGGAAGUGCCGGAAGUGCCGGAGGUGCCGAAAGUGCCGGAGGUGCCGGAGGUGGGACUGCGGGUGAACGGAGUGGACUACUUACCCGGGGAGGGAGUCAAGGAGUGCUUUGAGAUCGUGACCCGCUUCAGCUGCGAUCCCUUCCGGCGGCGCAUCAAGCACGUGCUGCAGCUGACCAACAUCGGCCAGCAGGUGCUCUCGUUCACCUGGCGGCAGAGCACGUACUUCUACAACCGCGGAUCGCUGCUGCUGGCCCGCGACAACGAGUUCUACUUCGACCUGGAGGGCUUCCGGCUGGCGCAGGGCGAGAGCCGCAGCCUGGUGGUGCUCUACCAGCCCCGCAAGGUGGCCAUGACCAUGGAGCUGUGGCUGCUCCAGGUGCAGCCCCGCAUCUUCUGCGGCCGCCAGGAGUCGCUGCUGCUGCGCUUCCACGGACGCUGCUCCCCGCCGGCGGACUACCUGGCCAAGCUUCUGGAGUGCCAGUGCGCCUGCAUCUGCAAGUCGGAUGCGCUGGCCAUGGACAAGCUGACCACCCACCUGGGAGACCUGGCGCCCAUGGUGGUGCCGCCGCCGGCCUGCUGUCCCUACGAGCGGCCGCUGGACGAGCGCGAGGCCUUCAACGCCCUGAACCCGGGCUACCACUGCACCCGCUUCGACGACCUGGAGGUGCUCCGCGCCCUGCACCAGCGCCUGAAGAAGCCCCGCGAGCCGCUCUGGGAUCUGCGUCUGUCCACGAUCAGGGAGCUCAUCCUGCGGGUGGAGGGCCUGGUGGAGCGGGAGCAGACCUUCGCCGAGUUCACCGACCUCCUCGCUCCGCUGCUGGGCGGAGCAUCGCCUCUGACCACCGCCUCCCAGCGGGACGAGCAGAAGCAACGGUCGCGGUUCAUCUACGUGCGAGGUGUGAUCUGCAACGGGAUCGCCGAGUGGGAGGACCUCAUGUGCAACGUGCAGGACUCCUUCUUCAAGCCGGAGCUGCAGCGGUUCUACCAAAACCUGCUAGGCGACUCUGAGCAGGAGGAAGAGUUGAGCGGGGAAGAGCUUCGACCGCCGCCGAGUCCGGUGACAACCAUCGACAUGCAGAAACUCAUGGAAAUCAUCGGCGAGGCGGAGCUGGACGAGGAGAAGAUCCGGGCGGCGGUGAUGCGCCGCUUGUACCGCUCCAAAUACUUCCGCGACUCGCUCUACAUCCAAACCUACUCGCACCUGUGCAACAUGUCCGAGGACAUCGUGUCCGUCAUUGAGAGCACAGAGGAAGUGCCCACCUAGUGAAAAAAAGAUGCAAGGGGAAACAUAAGUGACUACGUUGUUUUGAGAUAAAAUCAAGAGUUUGGUGACAGAAAGACUUUCCCCUUGGUCAACCUGUUGAAAGUGUGGCAGAGCUGCACUUACAUUUAAAAAUCAGAAGAGAUGCAGAGGAGAGACAGCGGAAAGCUUUACAAUAGAUUCUUUAAAAAUUUUUGGAGCUUAAAAUUGUUUUAUCUUAAUCAUAUCUUUUUUAAUUGCCCUUAUCUGGG